UGAGUGGAACUGAGUGCUAUUGAUUAUUUCUAAAGUUUGCUGUGAUGGAUUUCAAUAGCAGUAUAGUUGUGCUAUUUCUGUACAAGCUGUGUGUUUCCAGGAAGUGGUGAGGCUGCAGGUUUGAAACAUGAAAACAGACAUUUUGCAGCAGUGUGCACUGCAUAAGGCAGUGCCUGAAAACACCAUGUGACAGCACUCACUUCCUGUCUUGGGGAAGCUUUUUUUCUUUCAAGAUUGCCGUCAGAUUAAUUGACAAGACGAAUGGCGAGCACCAGAAUAACGAACAUCCAAAAUGUCCCAAAAAAGCCCGUGGUGCCCCCCCCCACCCAGCACCCCGGGCAGGUCCAGAUGAGGAUUAAUAGGUCAGCUAACACUGGAGAGCGACUCAGCCAGACCAAGUCAAUGGUCAUCCCAGACCCUGCAGCGCCCCAGAAUCCUAUAUCUCGCCAUCGGAGGAAUCAGUCUCAGCAUAACCUGGGUGACAUCAGUGUUGCAGGACUUCCUGGUUUGUGGCAAAAACUCCAGAGACCGGAGCUGAGUCUGGGGGCCUGUGAUCAGAAUUCCCUGAAAGGUGAAUAUCUGAACAAAGCCAAGAUAGCUGAUGGAGGAAAAAAACUGAGGAAGAACUGGACCUCCACCUGGGUUGUCCUAGAGGAUAAUCGGCUGUUUUUCUACAAGGAGAGCAAGCAGGAGGCGCUGGCUAGUUUGAAACAGGGAUGCAAGUCAGAGACAGUGGAUCUCUGCGGGGCUCUCGUCGGUUGGACGACAGAGAAGUCGAGCCGGAAGCACGUGUUCCAGAUUACAACCAGCUGUGGACAAGAGUUCCUGCUCCAGGGUGACAAUUAUCCAACAAUAUGCAAAUGGCAUGAUGCCAUUAAAAAAACUGCGGAAGCACUGUCAAAGUUGGCAGGAGGGAAAUCCACUCUCCGGAAAUCGAACAGCACCGAAUUCCUCUUCAGACGCGUAGAGUCUCCCGUUACGAAGGAAGUUCGGCCAGAAAAUCGGCGGUCGCUCAUUUUCAAGCUCAACUACAGCGCCUCAGACAGCGCCGAUAAGAAUGGGGUGAAGAGCAAACUCAAGAAAUUCAUUUCGAGGCGUCCAUCGAUGAAGACGCUGCAGGAGAAAGGUCUUAUCAAAGAUCGAGUGUUCGGCUGUCACUUGGUAACUCUUUGCCAACGGGAGGGGACCACCGUGCCAAGCUUCGUCAGGCUCUGCAUAGAGGCUGUGGAGAAGCGAGGUCUUGAAACCGAUGGUAUUUACCGAGUCAGUGGAAAUCUGGCCAGCAUCCAGAAGUUACGAUUCUUGAUUGAUGAAGAAGAGCCACUGAAUUUGGACGACAGCCAGUGGGAGGACAUCCACGUCGUCACCGGAGCACUCAAGAUGUUUUUCCGGGAGCUUCCAGAGCCGCUCCUGCCGUACCGCUUCUUCGAGCUCUUCGUGGACGCGAUCAAGUCACGGGAAUACCGAGAGCGUGUGCAGGCCGUCAAGAAGCUGGUGAAGCAGCUGCCAGUGCCCAACCACCACACCAUGGAGGCGCUCUUCAGACACUUCCAAAGGAUUUUGACCAAGUCAUCGAAGAAUCUGAUGUCCACUCAGGGAAUAGGUAUCGUGUUUGGACCGACACUCCUCUGGCCUGAACUGGACUAUGGAAACAUGGCCGUCAACAUGGUGUACCAGAACCAGAUAGUGGAGCUGACCAUCUCCGAAUGCUCCGAGAUCUUUGGGCCUGAGGUGAAAUAGGCGAGGGAGAGCAGGGCUGAUCCACAAAGUGCCACAAACGCAGCUCCGUCAGACAAAUCCUGUCACCAGGUUUUGGAAUGUAGAUGUAAACGUGCCUUUGAGGCACCUCUUCUUCACCUCUUCCUCACACGCUGCCUGACAGAUGUUCCGGCACUUUCCAUGUUUGUGUAUUCGAAUAUAAAAGAAAUGGGGAAAAUUAGAAAAUACAGUAAAGCAAAGAUAUUAAGACAAAUGACAAAAUGGAUUGAUGACAUUCUGUGAUUGCAGAUAAUAUUCUGCAUUUAAUAAGUACACUUAAGCCAUGUUUUUAGUAAUAUAGAAACACAUUCAUGAUGUAUUAUAAUGCAUUCAAAAGGUAUUAUAUACAUGACUAAAUAUUAAAAGGCAUGACACAUUAUAGCCAUAUGGAUUAUACAUAAUAAAUGCUUUAGAAAGUUUUAAUCUAUAAUGCACUAUAGAUACCUUUAUAUUGCAUUAUAAUGCUUGGUAUAAGCAUUAAGGAUGCUUUGUACUACAUUAUAAAGGUAUAUAAACUGCAUUAUAGAUGAGAGCUUCAUAAAGCAUUCAUAAUGCUUAAUAAACAUGGCAUUACUGUGUCAUGCCUUUUUAUAAAUGCUUAAAGCCAUGUUUAUAAUGCAUUAUGAAUGUAUUUAUAUAUUACUAAAAACAUGGCCUUAAGUAAAGUGUUGCAGAUCUGAUUUUGAUAUUACUGGAAAUAUGUUAAAAAUCUUAGUGUAAAUAUGACAAUAAUAAAUAUUUGAUGCACCACAACUUUAUACAUACCGAUAAUGUGGUUCAUUAUCUGUACGUUUAAUGUAUAAAUCAGGUUGUGACGUUACCAUGUUAGAGGAAAUAUUUUUUGUCAUAAGUUUUUCUUGGAAUCUAUAGUAACUGUGUAAAAUAAUUUGGCAUUAUAAAAUAUUUCGCUUCAUAGUGGAUAUAUUAGAUACAUUAUUACUUUCUCUUCUUUUAUUUUCCCUCUGUAAACUGCUUACCUGAACCUAAAUUCCAGAUAAAUUGUUUUAAUAUUUUGAUUUUACUGGUAGCUGAAUGUACUUUUUAAAGCUUAGUAAAGCAUGAACACCUCAAAAAUAAAUAACCAAACCGAUGGUCAGUGAAAA